UUCCAAAUGUAACCACAAAGUGCUCCGUUGAAUGGAGUAUCGGUCAGUUAAUAUAGUUAGAACUGGGUCUGCAUUGUGAAAAGUACAUGCAUUCAUGCACUAAUUUCUUCCUGAAAAAUAUCGCGUAAUAACAGCUGCACAAAAUAAAAUAUGCCGCUGCAAACUGAAAAUAAAUUAUAUUCUGUGUGUUAUCACUGCAGUGACAAUGCGGACACGACGAUAAAUUAACAAGAAAAACCUGCCUGGAAGUGAAAUUAUAUAGGUCACUAUGAAAGGAAUACAAUUUCGGAUAUAUUAUUGAUUAAUAUUAAACUAUUAUCAUGUACUCCUACUUCAGACUCUUACACAGCCUGUCAAACAAGAAUAACUGCAAAAUACACACAAAAGUAAAAGGCAUGUUCAAUACAAUAUUUGGAAAACAUUUGGUUUUGACAAAUACUAUUUCCUGUGGAGUACUUAUGGGAGCUGGAGAUUUAAUUCAACAAGAAAUCGAAAGAUACAGAAAUGUAAAUAGCAAACCUUUUGAUUGGAAAAGGACAGGUCGUAUGUUUGUUGUGGGCCUUACUCAGGGCCCACCACAGCACAUCUUUUAUAAAUUCUUGGACCGGGGCCUUCCAAGACGAGAUUUUAGAAGCAUAUCAAUUAAGAUCAUCAUAGAUCAGCUAAUAGCAUCACCAGUCUGCAUCUGUAUAUUCUUCUUUGGAAUGGGGUACCUUGAGGACCAGACAUGGGAUGAAAUUAUUUCAGAAUCAAAGAAGAAAUUUCUAACUGUUUAUUUGGUAGACUGGUUAGUCUGGCCACCGACUCAGGUUAUAAACUUCUAUUUUCUGAAACCGAAGUAUCGGGUUAUGUAUAUCAACAUAAUGACGAUGCUGUAUGACGUGUUCCUCUCCUACAUAAAGCACGAUGUAUAAUUCUCUCUAAGCAAAGAUUUUUGAGAAUGGAGUUCUGAGGAGAAUAACUGAAGCUAUGAAAGAGGAAACAGAAGAGAACAGAGAAAAUUGCAUAAUGAAGAACAUAAUUUGUGACCUACACACAUAACUGGUAAGGCACCUAAAUCAAAUAUAAUGAAAUGGGUGGAACAUGUAGCAUGCAUAUAAAAUUUUGGUCACCAAAACCUGAAAGGAAGAUGUUAACAUGGACAGCGUAGUAUAUGCAUAAAUUAUAAUUUAAUAUUACUGGUGGGAAUAUGAGCUGACAGCAUUAUAACUUGUAGAUUGAUACUAGUGUUUCAGAAAAGGCUACUAUCCAUAUUCAGGGCUGAAGAGGUUCACUACAGAAGUUCUGAGGUUCUUGUCGCAGUGAACGUGUCAAUGUUGGUCUUUUGGGAAACAACAUCCUGAACAUGGUGACAGUAUGUUCCUCCAAAAACAAUGGUAUUUGUCUACAAGUCCAUAUGGCAUUACAACCCAAAAGACCAGCAAUGACAACACAAGGAACACACAGGUGAUUGGUCACAAAUAACUUACGAUUCGCAAAAUUAAACAUUUUCACAGCAAAAUUUAUGUAAUAGUGAGGACCAGCACACUGAUUGCUGUAUUAUUAAGACAAUGUUCAGGCAUAAUGCAAGAAACUGCUGGUUAUACCAUUUACUUAUAAUUCAUCAUGUUAUCCUCUGCCUUCAUAAUGGUUUCCCAACCAAAAUACUAUAUGCAUUUUAUGUUUUACCCAAGUCACACGUUUGAUCUCUAUUUCACUUUAGUAACAAUAGUUCGUUAAUUCAGUCAAUAUUUGUCAAAAUGUCAAAUAAUAGCAUACGAACCACAUAGUGUAUUUUCUGUGUGAUAACAGCCAUUGUAACAUUUGUAAUAGUGUAAGAUUACAGACCUAUAUCCAUGUUUA